AUGGACUUUAACAACCUCAAUGGCACUGGCAUAGGCACUCCCUACCCGGCAGCAACUGAUGUGGCCAAGGAAACUGGCACUACCAAAUUCGGCGGCCACGAGCUCAUCGACGAUCCAUCCAGCCCACACUAUAUUGGGCACGGCAUUGCUCAUAGAGACCCACAGACGGGCACGCCCAUUCACCCAAGUAUCCACAUCCCGACCCGCGGCGAAACGCACCCAAGCGAAUUCACCGUGUUAAAACUGAACGAGGCCGAUUUGGUGACGGACGCUUCCAAGUUGGAGAGCAAGUUUGGAAUAAACAAGGCCGGGAAGUACCAUGCUAAUUGGUUUAAGAUGAAGAGCAGGAUGAAUGGGGUUUUGGCCAAGGUUAUGCGGUCGGAUAGUCAUUUGGAGAAGUCGAUGAAGCAGGGCGAGCUGGCCAAGCUUGAACUGAGCGCGCUUGAGGAGGAGAAUGGCGGAUACUCGUUUUCGAAGCAUUAA